AUAUCCAGAGUGACAUCAACGACCAAAUUAACAAAACAUGGGUACCAUCUCCAAAGAAACUCCUCCUGAGCUUCUCCAAGACCUCAAAGUCACUUUCCAAUCCACUUCUCUCAUUCUUCCAUCCCAAGAAACCAAGAGACAAUCCAUUUUCUUGUCAAACAUUGACAGAAUUCUCAAUUUCCAUGUCGAAACAGUUCAUUUCUUUCCCUUCAAUAAGGAUUUUCCUCCAGAAAUUGUCGUGGAGAUGCUCAAGAAAACCUUGGCAGAAAUUUUGGUGCCAUAUGAUUUCCUGGCCGGGAGACUGAGGGCAAAUCCUGAGACGGGUCGUUUGGAGAUAGAUUGCAAUGGGGCUGGAAUAGUUUUCUCCGUGGCCUCCAGUGAGUACCCAUUGGAUGAUAUUGGAGACUUGGUUUAUCCUAACCCAGCUUUUGGGCAACUCAUUUCUAAGAGCAUGGAUAACUUGGGUCAAGAUAAUCAAGAUGAACCACUUUGCUUUUUCCAGAUAACAUCAUUCAAGUGCGGUGGUUUUGCAAUGGGCAUAUCCACAAACCAUAUAAACUUCGAUGGCUUAGCCUUCAAAAUCUUCCUGGACAACUUGGCUGCCUUAGCUGCCGGCAAACCCUUGCCGGUCGCCCCAUUCAAUGACCGCAGAAUCCUGGUCGCCCGUUCCCCACCACAUGUCGACUUCCCCCACCACGAGCUUUUGAAGCUUGAACACUCCUGCCCCGAUCCGGUCUUUGAGGCCACUCCGGAAGACCUAGACUUUAAGAUCUUCCGGCUCACCUCCGAUGACAUCUCUGACCUUAAAGAGAAAGCCAAGGCGCCAAGUGGAACCCACAUAGAGACACGGAUAACUGGGUUCAACGUCGUAACAGCACUCGUGUGGCGGUGCAAGGCACUCUCAUCAAGUGACAACACAAGUGACAGGAUUUCUAAGAUGCUUUACGCAGUAGAUAUAAGGCGGAGAUUGAACCCUCCACUACCGAGGUCAUUUACUGGGAACGGGGUCCUAACGGCUUAUGCAAUGGCUAAAUGUGGGGAGCUCGAGGAAGCACCGUUCUGGAAAUUGGUGGAGAAGGUAGGAGAGGCAGCAACGAGGAUGACUGACGAGUACGCUAGGUCAGCCAUAGACUGGGGAGAGAUAUAUAGAGGGAUCCCACAUGGCGAGUUUCUUUUGUCAUCGUGGUGGAAGUUAGGGUUUGAAGAGGUGGAUUAUCCGUGGGGAAGGCCCAGGUACAGCUGCCCCGUCGUGUACCGGCGAAAGGACAUAAUCUUGCUCUUCCCCGAUAUUGAGAACAGAAGUGGAGUCAAUGUAUUGGUUGCUCUGCCGGAAGAGGAGAUGGUGCGCUUCCAAAGCCAAUUUCAUAAGUUCUUGGCUAAUUAUUAAUUAAUUUUGGGAGAAAUUAUGCUAAUUAAUUAUGUUAUGUAAGUUCAAUUUGAAAAGUAUGAAUAUUCAAGAGUGUGGUAUUUGGGUGAAUUAAUUGACAUAUGUAUGUUGCAUGUAUGGGACAUGAUGUUAGUUAAUGCACUACAUAGAGUAUUUAGUGUUCUAAGUCCAAUUUUCCUCCCUUGCAAAAAGGUUGUCCAUAGCUUGACAUUUUGUACACAAAUUUAAGUAAUGCUUUUAUACUGUAUAUAAAUGCUGAUUUAAAUA